CCCCGCCGGCUCUUGCAUCACGCGCCGGCCUCGCCCCCCAGUCCCCGGAUGAGGCGGCCCCGGCGGGCGCGCGCGGCGGCGGCUGUGGCAGGGGAUGCGCUGCGGUCGUGUUGAUCAUGGACAGUGAAGAAAUCCCUACUUUUUUGAGUCCAAAGGAGGAAACUGCAUAUUGGAAAGAGCUUUCCUUGAAGUACAAGCAAAGCUUCCAGGAGGCCCGUGAAGAGCUGGCUGAGUUCCAGGAGGGGAGCAGGGAGUUGGAGGCUGAGUUGGAGGCACAGCUAGUGCAGGCUGAGCAGAGGAACAGAGAUUUGCAAGCAGAUAACCAAAGACUGAAAUAUGAAGUGGAAACAUUAAAGGAGAAACUGGAGCACCAGUACGCCCAGAGUUACAAGCAGGUGUCGUUGUUGGAGGAUGACCUGAGCCAGACAAGGGCCAUCAAAGAUCAGCUGCACAAAUAUGUGAGGGAGCUGGAGCAGGCCAACGAUGACCUGGAACGUGCCAAGAGGGCAACAAUAGUUUCAUUGGAAGACUUUGAACAAAGGCUGAACCAAGCUAUUGAGAGAAAUGCAUUUUUAGAAAGUGAACUGGAUGACAAGGAGUCAUUGCUGGUCUCUGUACAGAGAUUAAAGGAUGAAGCAAGAGACCUACGGCAGGAGCUGGCUGUGAGGGAAAGGCAGCAGGAGGUGACCCGGAAAUCAGCGCCCAGCUCGCCCACGCUGGACUGUGAGAAGAUGGAUUCAGCUGUCCAGGCCUCUCUCUCCUUGCCAGCCACACCCGUUGGAAAAGGAUCAGAAAAUAGUUUUCCUUCCCCAAAAGCUAUACCAAAUGGGUUUGGUACCAGCCCACUCACUCCUUCAGCUCGAAUAUCUGCACUCAACAUUGUGGGAGAUCUGCUACGCAAAGUGGGGGCCUUAGAAUCCAAAUUAGCUGCUUGCAGGAAUUUUGCAAAGGACCAGGCAUCACGGAAAUCCUACAUUUCAGGGACCGUGGGCAGCGCCGUGAUGAGCAGCAAUGGCACAAAGUACCCACACCCCGGGCACACGUCCUUCUUCGACAAGGGGCGUGAGAAGGUCAUAUUCCCCACCUUGGUCAUGGGCCAGGCUGGUCAGCUCCAGAAAAAUCUUCCAGCAAGGAUUUGAUGGAUACUUAGAGCUGAGGGAGUCUUGGGUAUGAGGUGCUAAGUACAAAAUACAGCUUGAAAUGCAGAUUAACGAGUCCAAAUUAGUAAUCAGGGCAGGGAGUGGCUG